UCUGCGACGAUGUGGUGGAGAAAACAAGAUCGCGAAUUCCGACCAAAUUUCCAAAUCAAAUUACCUACGGCUAUACGGGCCGUGCCGGCAGCACCACCCAGCCGCCAUGCACCUCAACACCUUCAAGUUUCACGACUCUUACUCAUACCAUCAUCGACAUCGCUGAAACGACAAUUCAGUCCUGUCGAUGUCCCCCAUUCAAUGGGCGACGCUAGGUUUCCUUGCUUUCCUUUCACUCUUGGCCUACAUCCGCGACAACGACAGGAAGCUCAAGGCCAUCCCGGCGCGCGCAGCAAAGUUAUCUCCAAACCGCUGGUCGGCCAAGGAUGUAGAGAGGAUGGCAUCAGAGUGCAAGCGAGCAGCUCCGUCGAUAGAUGACCAACUGCCGCCAAAGACUGGAAGGAGGUAUAUAGUCGUUGGUGGGGCGGGGUUCCUUGGCGGGUGGAUCGUCCUGCAAUUGCUUAAACGCGGGGAAGACCCCAAGCGUAUCAGAAUCCUCGACAUUCGUCCUCCAAAACGGCUGGACCUCCUUGAAGGGAAGGCAAAGGACGUGCUGUUCAUUCAAGUAGAUAUCAGCGACAAAACGGCCGUUGACGCGGCUUUCAGCGAGCCUUGGCCCGACGACGACAAGUCCCCGAUAUCGGUAUUCAACACGGCCGCAAACAUCCGGUUCUACGAACGACACGCUUCUCUCCUCCCAUUAUCCGCAAAAGUCAACAUCCAAGGAGCGAAGAAUAUUCUCGACGCGUGCCGGAAAAUCGGCGCGUCGAUUCUCGUGCAUACUUCCUCUGGCUCUGUUUCGGUGCGCAGCUCGUGUUUCCUGCUCUGGCCGUGGCAGGAGGAGCCGAAGCAUUUCGUCCAAGUCAUUAAUGACGACGAUGAGCUUAUUCCCAAAAAACAUGAAGACUUUUUCUCGAAUUAUGGAUAUACGAAGAGACAAGCGGAAAUACUGGUGCGUGGAGCCAACAACGCAGAUGGGCUUCGAACGGGGUGCUUGAGGCCAGGGAACGGCAUCUUUGGUGCUGGUGGUGACAUGCUUUGCGGGGCAUAUCUUGUUCGGAAGAGCAACCCUACAUGGAUACAGAACAUCGUCUCGUCAUUCUCAUACGUCGAAAACUGCGCCCUUGCGCAUCUCCUGUACGAACAACACCUCAUCGAAUCAUCCAAACUCGGCGGGCAGGCCUUCUGCAUCGCUGAUCCUGGCUUACCUCCAACGUAUGGCGACGUCUACACCGAACUCGAAGUCCUCGAUGGAGAAGUCACCUUUCCCCACCUCUCGCCCACCUUCAUGCUCCUCCUCGCCUACGUUUUCGAGUUUCUCUACCUCACGCGGCAUCUGCUGAGUGCUCGCGGAUACCCUUUCCUCGCUAGUUUCAUACCCAAUAUCGGUGGGGGCGAUCUUGUGAACCUCCAGCCUUCGCUGUACAAUUUGACAAUGGUGCAUUUGAUAUUUGAUGAUUCCCGGGCGAGGCUACCGCCAGAGAAGGGUGGGUUGGGCUAUAAGGGUGGGUUUACGACGUUUGAGGGGCUGUACAAGACCGCGGUGGAGCACAGACGGGGCUUGAAUCGGCCUGGGGCGAUGGCGAGGUCGGAUGUGGCGGGGGUGAGUUUUAAGGGGAUGGGAUUUAUGAAGGCUCAGCGUGGGGUUGGGUGGUUGGCGGAUAAGAUUAAGGAAGAGACUGGUGUUGACCCGGUGCAAGUUUUGGCAAGUUCGUGAUAUGGGACAUAUAUGUACGUAUCCUGUGUUAUCAGCUUGUCGUCCUCAUGAAUCAUUUUCAAACCAAUGAAUGUUGCUCAGAUUUUGCAGUACUUUGACUCAUACAGAGCGCCGAUGAUGGGCACCAGAUGGGUAUACUAACCUCGGAUGAAAUAAGUCAACUGAAUUCCCGCGAUUCUCUAAAAG